GGACAAAUUGUACAGACUUAUCGAAACGUCUGACAACUAAACGCAAUCAACAUAUGCCUGUCGUAAAUCAUAAUUGAGUUUUCUUCAUUAUCUCACUUUCACGGUUCUUCGUUUAGAUACGUCAGGGUACAAGGAGACUCACGUGGCGGUAAAGCUUCGUGAUUGGACAGGUAUAUGAUAAGCCGGAACAUUGACUUAAAACAAGUAAAAUUAGCCUGUUAGGCACGUGAAAUUCUUGAAAUAAUCCCAAUUUGUGUUUCGACCCAACCUCCCAAUUGCGGGAAAAAUUUCGCCCGUUUCAGGGAAGCCGCUGUAGAAAAUUCUAGGGAAAUGUAGACAUUCCGAGUUGCAUAAAGAUUUGACCCAUGAAUUGUUGCAGUGCGACAGUUACGUUUGAUCAGUGUAUUCUUUUAUAUGUUCAGUUUAGUGUUGUUUCCCACUUUUCAUCCUCGUAUCCGAUUUGUUCUUUAUGAAUAAUAUUUCUCACGUUUAGUUUUUCUUACAGUGGUUGAUUUCAUUUCGACUCAUCUCAGAUUGCUAUUUUCCUUUCUCCUUGCGUUGAUGUGAGUUGUGAAAACCUGGACUGACACAUUUGUAUAAUGCUCUAUGCGGAUAACUGAUUGAUAGUGUUGAUAUAUUUAGUAAGUUCUAUUCCACUCAAACGUCUUGUUGAUUUUAUCGCUAGCAACAUAGGUAAUUUGUACUUAAACGCUAAUUCAUCGUUCUGCGCUUUAAAGUUAUGAUGACAGUAUUUGCAAGUGCUCAUACUCUGUCCGGGUAAGUAACGGUAAGGUUAGACACAUGGUAUUAUGGAAUGAUGGUAAAUCAGUUGAUGAGGUUGUAAAUCUUCAUCGACUGGGAUGAUUAGGGCACGUGUCACGUAUGCCUGAGCACUGAUUACCACGACGCGCAAUGUUGACUUGUGUUGGGGAUGUUUGGAAGAAAGUUAGGGGCGGCCAAACCAAAACGUGGUAUCAGCCCAUACAGUCACUAACUUCUAAUCUUAACCAUGUUGGUAGAUGCAGACUAUUUAGUUGGGGUCUAUUUAAAUAUCGUAACCAAUAGUUGGAGACUCUUGGUAACAUGGUUCAAAAUCGAUGACAGUGGCGUAGGUUUAUACAUUCUUUGUCUUCCCUUAAACCAUGAGGUUAAAAUUGCUGAAUUCCUUUAUUUCUACGAACUAAUUCUUUCUUAUGCGUUAUAUCCUUAUACAAAAAUUUCUUUCAAAUAUUACCACCACUGAAUUAACUGCUAUGAAUUCGGUGUUCAUCUUGUUGUGCUAGUGAGUUAUGGCAACUUGGACCGAUGCACAUAUGUGCCUGGUCCUAUGUUGUAUCUGACUGACUGAUUGUGGUAACCUAAAUCACUGAAGUUACACAUUAUAUAAUCUGGUGAUCCAUUCCAGGGUUAGUGCGCCUACAGAUUCAUAACUUUCCUUACAUGUUUUAUCAGUAUCUAGUGUUUUUUUCUACUUUUGGUUGCAAGGAGUCACGCGUUGCUGAACAAUCAACGCAGUUGCCACCGUAAACUCAGUUGAAAAUGUCAAGUAUAUAAAAAUCUCAGAGUGAUGGUGCAAGUACAGGAUAGAGAAACUGGUUUAUCGAAAAAUGAGUACCUUCUUGCUGGUUCUGUCAGUGGUUUUGUUGCUAGGGCAGUUGUACAACCUUUGGACGUAAUUAAAAUACGUUUUCAGCUACAGAUGGAACCAAUCGAAGUUUCCAGAACAAGCAAGUAUCAAGGUCUUAUGCAAGCCGUCAGGUGCAUAAGCAAGGAAGAGGGUGCUAUUGCUUUUGGAAAGGUCAUGUUCCUGCUCAAAUGCAGUCGGUUACGUUCACUAGUGUUCAGUUUCUUACUUUUGAAGUGAUUCUUUCAUGGCUGCGUGAAGUCAACAGUCUCCUUAUUUCAGAUAACAAAAUAUUUGGCUUACCUAUUACCUACAAACCUAUUGGUAACUUUCUGUGCGGAUGUGGAGCGGGCUCUUUAGCAGCAGUAGUUACUCAACCAUUAGACGUCCUACGCACACGUUUCAUUGCUCAAGGUGAGCCGAAAACUUACGGGAGCAUGUCACAUGCAGCUGUUUCCAUCAUAACUCGUGAAGGUGCUCAAGGGUUUUCCGUGGGCUUGUACCAUCUCUUCUUCUUAUAGCACCACAAACAGGGAUUCAAUUUGCCAUUUAUCAUUCAUUAAACCAAAUGAUUAAUCAAGGAAAGUAUUAUUUGCAUCCCAAUCUCAUUGAUAAGUCACCACAAUUCCAUAGCGGUAACCGUUCAGUUGGUCCUGUUCAAAGUUUGAUCUCUGGUGGACUUGCAGGGAUUGGAUCCAAAUGUGUAAUAUAUCCACUUGAUAUGGUGAAAAAACGUAUGCAAGUUCGGGGUUUUGAAGAAGCGCGUGCUCAAUUCGGUCGAAUUCCUAUCAGAAAUGAUGGUCUUUGUAGGUGCUUACUUGAAAUAUGGCAAAUGGAAGGAGCUUCAGCAUUUUUUAAAGGAUUAAGACCCACUUUACUCAAGUCUUUUGUUUCUAUCUCGUGUCGAUUUACUGUGUAUGAACAAAUUUGCAGAUUUCUACUUUAUCAAAAGCACUCAUAAAAUCCUAAUCAUAAUGUACCGUGAGAUUUAUCCCCGGAGCUCAAUCCAAGUUUUGUCAAUAAACUUUUCAGCGUUGUAUAUUUUUAGUCUAUUUUUACCAGACAAAACUGUUAAUUAGUCUAAUUAGGGUUGAAUUUUUUGCAUUGAAUCUAGCCUCGACUUGUUCUUCCUUCAAAGCCAGUUAUUUUCAUAUUGUCUUCUCCACAUUCUCUAUAUCUUUAAUAUGACUGUCAUAACAGUGUUAUAUUUUCUGCUAUCCAGUUGAUCGACUUGUCGUUAUAUCAUCUAUCUUACUCUAUUCUUAAUUUAUGUCUGCCUUUUUUCUCCUUUUUCAUUGUUGUCAUGGACUUUUAUGUAGAUGUAUACUUUUCCUUUUAACUCGAACACUUCUGUCGGCCAAAAAUGAGAUAAAAAUUUCUUGUAGUUGAACAAAUAAGAGAUAAAGUUGGAGAUGUUUGCUUAUUAAUGAUCAUUGUAUGAAAAACUUCUAAAAAUUUCUGCUUUUGCUUAUCCUGCAGCUUCACAGAGACAUAGGCUGCCUACCAGUUAUCCAAUUGACUGCGUCCUGGGCUGUCCCUUCCAGUUGUCACCAUGUGAUAAUCAUGACUUCGAGUUCAGUCUCCAAAUCUCGACGCCAUAUUCUCUUUGUUCUGUUUCUCUUGCUUUUGACUUGGGGGACUCUAAGUUUUGUUGUCCUUUGUGAUGCAGCUUGGUGAUUUUCGCAGUGUGUAUACACUUCCAUUGUUUUUUCUUAAUUUCCUGCUCUCUGCUACAGUUGGUUAUUACUAACGGUCUCCGGCCAUUAUCUCUGAAGUAUCUUGCGUAGACAACUGUUUAUAAAUACCUGUACAUUUUUGAAGGAAAUUGCGGUAUUUCUCCACGUUUCAAUCUCGUGUAACAGAACUCUUGACGCUUGUGUUGCGAAUUCUGACAGUUUUGUUGAGUUCCAGAUAUUUUUAUACUGCAGGAAUAUCACUCUUGCUUUACCAAUUUGUGCCUUCAUAUCCACAUUAUGUCUUCCUUUUUUAUUUAGGAUACUGUCCAGGUGAGUAAAGGCUUUUACCUCUUCCAGAGCCUCUCUGUCAAGUGAAAUUCGGUUGAUGUUCACUGUGUUUUACUUCAGGAUCCUAUUUCUGCUCGUGUUAAUCUUAAUGCCUGUUUUUCCAAAGAGCACUGCUACACUGGCUAUUUCUGUCUGCAUUUGUGCCUUUGAAGUUCGAAUCGUCCAGGGUGUCCACGGUAUUCCGUACUUCCUCUGAGACGUGGAUGUCUUCAUGGCCCAACCAACGACUAAAAGAAUGAGGAGGUAAGAUUAGGCAGUAUUGUUUGACACCAAUCUUCAUUUAAACGUGAGGUGCACUGUUGCAACACUUUUGCUAUUCAGUAUCCAUAAGAGCUCUGUAUGGUAACGAAAUUUUUCUGAGGUACUCCGUUGUGCCAGAGAUUUUACCAGCUUCUCCUUUCCACGUUAUCAACUACUUUUUUCAUACUUAAAAGAAUCCGUGUAUGGUAAUGAGUUCCAUUCCGUUAAUUGCUUAUCCUAUUUUUCUGUUGUGUGAUUUGGUAAAACCCAUAUAGCUUUGUGAGAAAAGUGCCACUGUCCGUCACAGUCUUGUUGGAAGCACAUAGACCUACCAGUUUCACCACGGUCAUUUCUUUCCUCCACCCUGUGUCUCCUAUUGCGAUGGUCUAGUGCUUCAUUGUGUUUCUCUAGUAUGGACUAAAGCUUCAUGAAACUGAUCUUUAUCAUUUUCGUUACCAAUAUUAGUGAGUGCGAUGUACUGUAUGACACUCGUAAUCGUUUUGUAGUAUGAAGUUGUAGGGUGUUAAUCCAAUAAUCACUUCCCAUUCUUGUUUGUACAGCACUAGUGCAACUCCUUGUGUGUGAGAGGGGGGAUUUUCUUCGUGAUCGGAAGAUAAUAACAGUCCUCCUGUUACUCCAAGUAGUGAAUUUUACUUAUUACUAUCACAAACAUGUUGUAUCAUCCUAUUUCUGUCGACAUUCCAGUGAUUUUACCAAUCUCACAUUGUCUGAGCACUCCAAAUCUUUAUGUUUAUUGUUGUUCUGAUUGUUAUAAAGGGUGUCGACCUUAUGGGUUAUUGGGCAUCUCAGCUUUUAUUACUAGGGGUCAUAACUGUCCCAUGUGAAAACCCUUCAACUCUCUGGGGAGAGUUGAAAUGGUUUGAUCAUUCCACUAUGGUUAGCGAUUUUUAGUUAAUUUAUUUAGUACGACGUAUGGUUGCUCAUCCUUUAUCCAAUCUAGAGUCCGGUAGUAACCUUAAAAAGUUUUCAGUUAAGACUCUUCAAAAUUAUAAUAUUUGUGUUAUUGAUUCUUAAAUAUACGGGAUUUUUCAUGGAAAAAUAUCUACUGGUAUGAAUUACUAUAUUCAGCUAGAGUUGUCUGUCAACUUAGUCGUCAGUACGAUGAUGAGUGACAACUGACCCAUUGUCUUAUGUCUGGAGGUCGUCGCUUUCAAUAUACUUGUUGAGUCUGUGGUUUCACCACUAAUACUUGGACUUUCGGAACUGCCAUCACGACGCAAAGUAAGGACAUUCAAGACCAAUCCAAUAAAUAUUAAUUGGCCGUACAAUAGAAAGGAAAUUAUUAGAGUUCGUACAUAAGUGAUUUCCAUAUGGAAUUUGAUUAGUUGUUUCCCAUAUUUGCGUUGUGACCGCACAUCUUUUUCCUGACUAAAUCUCUGCUGUUAUAGCUUCAUGCCAUUUAUCCUCCCUCAAUUUCGUACUGUUGUAACUAGCUUAGAAGUUUUAGUUUUAGAAUCUAAAUGAAAGAACGAAAUACAAUAUCGGUUGGAAUGAUUUACGGUAUGGUGCUAUUCGUAUAAUGGUGAAAGGAAUGGUUAGUCCUAAUCCUGAUAUAGUCCUGAAACCUUCCCCAGUUUGGGUAUAUUGUAGGAAUGUUGCCAUCGCUUUGUAAAUCCUCUCCCUUUACAUCCGCAUCUGAUCCUCCAUGUUCGUCGAGCAUGCUGUCCAGGUA